AUGCCGAAACACACGCGCUCGUCCAGCUCGAGUCACAACCGGUAUUCGAACCCCCUACCCGUGUCUUUGGCGCCAUCUGCCCCGCUGCCCAUUUACAACACCCGGCCGUCGGUUUCGUUGAACACGGCCUACUACCAUACCACGGUGCCGUCCUCCGCCUCGGCCCAGCCUCCGAUGCAGGCACAGGCUUAUGAUCCGUACCCCGCCGCCGCCGUGACCCAGCCACCGCUUCCCCAUCGGGCUUCUUCGGGCGCGUGGACGCCGCAGGAUGACCAGACCCUCCUCACGGCGCGCACGCAAGGUUUCAACUGGGCACAGAUCCAGAGCAACUACUUUCCGAACAAGACCCCCAAUGCCUGCCGCAAGCGCCACGAGCGGCUGCUGGAGCGCAAGGGUGCUGACGACUGGGACAACCGAAAGCUCGAGCGGCUGGCCACGGAGUACAUGAGCAUGCGCAAGGAGAUCUGGCAGCCACUGGCGGCGCGUACGGGCGAGAAGUGGAAUGUUGUCGAGGCCAAGUGCAUGAACAACGGUCUCAAGAAUCUUCAGUCGGCGCAUCGGUCGGCGUCGCGUCGCGAGCGCCUUGAGUCUGGUCAUCAGAUGCAUGGGUAUGACGACGACAGCGGCAUUUCCGGCAUUGGUCUGACUCCAAUAGAUGACCUCGACGCCUCGUACAGCAGUCCCGAGACUACGGCCUCGAGCUCGCACUCGGGCGGCAGCCACUCGGGCUACGGCGGCAUGCACCCGAUGAUGAACAGUCAGCAUUAUGCGACCAACUACCCCCCCAGUACGGGCGGCAUGUCCUCGAGCUACAGCUCCUCGGUCUCCUCGUCGGCGGCCCACGGCUACGGCACAAUGCCCGGCCACGCGCAUCAACAUCACCACUCGCAGGACGGCUCCCCCUACAUGAGCAACGGGCAACGGCUGCCCAGCGUCGACAUGGGCAUCGACGCCAUCAUCAACCGCCCGGGUCAUCACCACAAUGGCGGGGCCAUGUGA